UUCUUCGCUCCUUUCCUCUCCAGUUCAGCCCAGUUCUCCUGCGCUCUCACCGGCUCACCAGCCAAAGUUUACGCACAGGGAUGCGGGCGCGUAGAGCAGCCUGAAUAUGGCUCUCUUUAGGAUUUACUCAUUUCUCAUUCUUUUCCACAUAUUAGUACUGUGUCAAGCCUUAAGGAAUUAUCCGGAUAAUGAAGUUACUCUGCUUGACUCCAUGUCUGCCCCAGGUGAUCUGGGUUGGGAAGCGUAUCCACCAGAGGGGUGGGAGGAGAUCAGUGUGAUGGACGAAAGGAACAUACCUAUGAGAACAUACCAGGUGUGCAAUGUAAUGGAGGCCAAUCAGAACAACUGGUUGCGCACUGGCCUGAUCCAGAGGGAGGGCGCCCAACGCAUCUACGUGGAGAUCAAAUUCACUCUACGUGACUGCAACAGCCUGCCAGGAGUUCCUGGAACCUGUAAGGAGACUUUCAACGUAUACUAUCACGAAUCCAACAAUGCCAUUGCUGCCCCUUUACGGCACAUACGCGAGAGCCAGUACGUCAAGAUCGACACCAUAGCGGCCGACGAGAGCUUUACACAGACAGACGUUGGAGAUCGCGUCAUGAAGCUGAACACGGAAGUUCGAGACAUUAGUGGUCUCAGUAAGAGGGGCUUGUAUCUAGCGUUUCAGGACCUGGGUGCUUGCAUUGCUUUGGUGUCAGUUAGAGUCUUUUAUAAGCGUUGUCCUCUGGCAGUGCUCAAUCUGGCCCGCUUCCCGGACACAGUGACUGGUGGCGAUUCAGCACUGGUGGAAGUGCGUGGCACUUGUGUGGAGGAUGCGGAAGAGCUGGAGGGACCUCGGAUGUUCUGCAGCGCUGAUGGAGGUUGGCUGGUGCCCAUCGGCCGCUGUGUGUGCCGUCCAGGCUUCGAGGAGGUGGAUGGACACUGCCAACCAUGCCGGUCAGGCUUCUACAAGGCCUCUGCCAUGGAUGCAUACUGUGUGAAGUGCCCUCUACAUAGCUACUCCCAUCAGGACAAGGCCUCCGAGUGUGUGUGUGAGAGAGGCUUUUACAGGGCUGAAUCAGACCCCCUCUCUAUGGCUUGCACAAGACCACCCUCUGCGCCUGGAAACCCUAUUUCCAUGGCCAAUGAGACCGCGGUCACUCUCGAAUGGAGUCCUCCUCGUGACAGUGGUGGACGUGGGGAUGUCACCUACAGUGUCCAUUGCAAGAAGUGCUCGGGAGAAACGGGGGCGUGGGCCAGUCGAAAUGGAGAGAGGUGUGUUCCCUGUGGCAGCGGUCCUCACUUCAACCCAAGGCAGUUUGUCUUGACACAUCCAAGAGUUCUAGUCACAGAGCUGCAACCUCACACCAAUUACACCUUCAGUAUAGAAGCCCUGAAUGGAGUCUCAGAUCUCAGCCCCAGUCCACGUCUACUAGUGUCGGUCAAUGUCACGACCAGCCAAACAGUGAGUGUAAUCUUAAAGGAACGGAAGGGAACUGACAGCGUAACAUUGGCAUGGCAGGGUCCAGAGCCUUCUGAUGGGACUGUUGUGGAAUAUGAGGUCACCUAUUAUGAAAAGAAUCAGCAGGAUCAGAAUUACACUGUGCUAAAGACCAAAUCUAACAGUAUGACAGUGGAUGGACUGAAGCCAGGAACCACGUACGUGUUCAGGGUUCGAGCCCGUACAGAUGGUGGCUAUGGGAACUACAAGGGGGAGAUUGAGUUGGAGACCAGCCACGAAGACAUGUUGACGGUCGGAGACCCUAACCAGCAAACCAUCCUGGCCAUCUCGGUGGCUGGUGGUGUGGUCCUGCUGGUCUUACUGGUGGCAUGUUUUGUCGUGAGUGGACGGCGCUGUGGAUAUAUCAAGGCAAAGCAAGACCCAGAAGAAGAGAAAAUGCAGUUUCAGCAUGGACGAGUCAAACUUCCUGAAACUCGGACGUACAUUCACCCACACACAUACGAGGACCCCAACCAGGCAGUCCGAGAUUUUGCAAAAGAGAUCGAAGUCUCCAACAUUAGAAUUGAGAGAGUUAUUGGGGCAGGUGAGUUUGGAGAGGUGUGCAGCGGGCGUUUGAGGCUGCCCAGUAGGAGAGAGAUUCAGGUGGCCAUUAAGAGUCUGAAAGCUGGAUACUCGGAGCAGCAGAGACGAGACUUCCUGAGUGAGGCCAGCAUCAUGGGCCAGUUUGACCACCCCAACAUCAUAAGACUGGAGGGAGUUGUCACCAGAUGUAAGCCUGUGAUGAUAGUGACAGAGUACAUGGAAAAUGGAUCUCUGGAUACUUUUUUGAAGAAACACGAUGGGCAGUUCACAGUGAUCCAGCUGGUGGGGAUGAUGCGUGGGAUAGCCACAGGAAUGCAGUACCUCUCAGAGAUGAACUACGUGCACCGGGAUUUGGCAGCACGGAACAUUCUGGUGAACGGAAACCUGGUGUGUAAAGUGUCUGACUUUGGGCUGUCGCGUGUGCUGGAGGAUGAUCCUGAGGCGGCGUAUACAACACGGGGUGGUAAGAUUCCCAUUCGAUGGACAGCUCCUGAAGCCAUCACCUACAGGAAGUUCACAUCAGCCAGUGACGUGUGGAGUUACGGCAUUGUCAUGUGGGAAGUGUUAUCCUAUGGGGAGCGGCCGUACUGGGAAAUGUCCAAUCAGGAUGUGAUAAAAGCUAUAGAUGAAGGCUACAGGCUGCCAGCUCCGAUGGACUGUCCGGUAGUACUGCACCAGCUCAUGUUAGACUGCUGGGAAAAGAACCGCAGCGAUCGGCCAAAAUUUGUGCAGAUUGUCAGCACCCUGGACAGGCUGAUCCGGAAUCCUAGCAGCCUGAAGCAGCUGGCCAACACUGCAGUCUGGGAGGACCCAGUGACCCCUGAGGCUGGGGUUAGCACAGUGGAGGACUGGCUGGACUUAAUUAAAAUGGGUCAAUACAAAGAGCACUUUUCCGGUGCUGGCUACGUCACUCUGGACUCGGUUCUGUACAUCAGUGCCAGUGAACUGGAUAAGAUGGGUGUUGCACUGGCGGGCCAUCAGAAAAAGAUCCUAUCUAGUAUCCAGUGUCUUCAUGCACAGCACGGGACUCAAGUUCAAGUAUAGCCCUCACAUCAACUCCCUAAACCAGUUCCACUUCCACCGAGAAGGAGAUUGGGAGCAUUUGUGCCACAUGGAGGCGCCUCGCUGCAAAAUGACUUUGUCUUAUCUCUAUACCAGCACUGAUUUUUUUAAGGCCCUACAGGUGAAUGGGGCGAUACCUUCCCUUUUGCGAUCAUCAUCCAGAAAUCUUCAGAGACAGCAGAUCGCUUUGGUUGCUCAAAGACUGGAUGUUCUCACCACUCAGAAGUGGAUAUCUGUUGAUCCAGGGGAAGCGAGGACUAGAACUGACACCAUGUGACAUCACAGCACUGUGAACAUCAUGCUCCACUCCUCAUUGUACAGAAGAAAGACCUUGAGAAGAACCACCGAUUGUGUCUUGUGAUUCUUUUAACUGUUUUACAAGCAAAGCUAGAUCGAUCUUUUGAAAAUGACACUUUUGUCUUGGUGGGCUUGAAUCUGGAGGAUGAGGAACCUUCAGAUGUCCUUGCAUACUUCUGUACAUGGUAAUAGUUUAGAAGUGUUUAUAAAAGACUGCUUGCCAGUAGAUGCAGAAAGCAGUGAAGCACUGAUCUCUCUUUCCCACAUACACACAUAGUAGGGCCGCCCCUUGACCCCAAAUGCCACAUCUGACGUCUCUUGUCAAGUCCUUGGCAGAGUCUGUGGAAUAUGUCGAUUUCAGAGUGGAGUAUUUGGAGGACCCACCUCUUCCCCCACACUUGUCACUUUUGACAAGUUCUGACAUCCAGUGUGCACCAACAGAGAAACCAGAGAUGCUAAAAGAAUAAAAAGUAAUUGUUGCUUCACAAAACCGGACAUGUCAUGAAGAAGGCAGAUGUCACGAAUGGAACUCGAACAUCCUUCUUUUGACAUUGGCAGCAACUUUAUGUUCUUUUUUUGAACAGCCUUCCCAUUUGAUGUGGCUUUUCUUCUCAUUUCACUGCAUUUUUAACAUCUUGUCAAGGCAUAGCUUUGUUUAUGCCUUAUAUGUGUUUCAUCACAAGCAUAAGCUUCUACAUCUGAGGUCUUUGAUGGAAUAAGGAGGCGGGGAGCAUUUAAUGAAAGGGAAUUGACCUGGUGUUGACGGAGCUGCACGUGGUAGACUGUAGAACCUAUAUUUGUCUUGGACAUUUUAGUGUAAUGCUCUACUGGUGACAGAGUUUUACCAUAAAAUUGACAUGUCAUUUCAUGCACCAUGUUCAGAAUCCUGAGUAAAAAGGUGUCAGAACUGGAUAUUUCUUUGUUGCAGGUACUUUAAAAAAAGGUCCGUCCCCCAUUUUCUGGUUUAUCGUCCUACAUUUCUUGGCAGUGCUUUGUUUUGCUACGUGUUGAAAUGGCUACGUGUAAUACUACAAUAAAGAAGAUUGUACUGCAGUAGAAAUUGA